AAACCAAAAUCAACAUCGACACCACAACCACAGCUUAAAAGUACCUCCGAACCACUAAAAACCACUAAACAGUCGACUUUAAAACCAAAAUCAACAUCGACACCACAACCACAGCUUCAAACUACCUCCGAACCACUAACUACUAAACAGUCGACUUUAAAACCAAAAUCAACAUCGACACCACAACUUCAGUCUACCUCCGAACCACUAACUACUAAACAUUCGACUUUAAAACCAAAAUCAACAUCGACACCACAACCACAACUUCAGUCUACCUCCGAACCACUAACUACUAAACAGUCGACUUUAAAACCAAAAUCAACAUCUACACCACAACCACAGCUUCAAUCUACCUCCGAACCACUAACUACUAAACAGUCGACUUUAAAACCAAAAUCAACAUCGACAAAACAACCACAGCUUCAAUCUACCUCCGAACCACAAGCUACUAAACAGUCGACUUUUAAACCAAAUCCAACAUCUCCAAAUUCAACCCCACCACCAAAAUUGACGUCCCCGCGUUCAACGCAAUCACUAGACUCACGUUCUUCACAUUCAACAGCUUCUCUUCAAGUAUUACCUAAUCAAAAUUUAACUCCUCGCCCAAAAGCAACAUCUCUGGAACCAGCACAAUCACCGAAACUAUCUUCUUCACAUUCGACACAUUCACUUAAAUCAUCGACUCAAACUUCAACCACUCCAGUUAAAUCUUCGUCGCCACGAUCAACACAUUCAACAGAAUCACAAUAUUUAUAUCCAACGUCUUCACUCAAACCCCCAUCUACUCCAAAUUCAAACCCGCAACUGAAAUCAACACCUCCGCAAUCAACACAAUCACCAGAAUUACAUUCUGCACAUGAAACGCCUACACUUAAAAUAUUAUCUCCAAAUCCAACGCCAUCGCUGAAAUUGAUGACAUCAAAAUCAACAGAACCAGCAGAAACACAUUCUUUAUAUUCGACCCCUUCAACGCCUUCACUUACACCAUUAUCUCAUCCGAAUUCAAUCCCACUGCCGACAUCUACUUCUCCGCGAUCCACACAGUCAUCGGAACCACAUUCUUUACAUGCAACACUAUCACUUGCACCACCAUCUUCUUUAAUAAAAGCUCUAUCAACGAUACCAUCGUUUCCUCACACUACGCUAGUGCAAACUUCUUACGGUGUAAUUCCAUUAAAGAAGGAAUCUGCAACAAAACCAACACCUUCUUCAAAUAAUCUCUUUCCAAAAGAGACAACGGCCAAUACCUUUAAACCACAAACGAAGGUUACUUCCACUCUGUAUUCAACACCAACACCAACUUUUAUAACUACACCAAGGGCAAAGAUAAUCUUACAACGUCAUUAUGUUGUUCAACCCAAAGAUACUACUAAAUGGAAUAUGUUCGUAAAUAGUUUCUUACAAGGUUUAGGCCAUACCCUUGGAUAUAUUGCUGCGCAAGAAAUUUCUACGAUGUUGAAAUCUUGUCGAAAAAUAUUAAUUGAUUUAAAUAGUAUUAAUCUUGAUGACUGUAUAGAGUUUAAACUAUUCCGAACUAAUUUAAGCUCGUAAAGUCUGAAGAAAAUAUUGAAAUACUAAAUGAAUCGAAAUUUCAAGAUUCAACAGCACAAACUCCAAAGGAUGAGGUAAGACGAGCUACGGAAGAAACGACGGAUAACACAACGAAAAGAUUCCCUGAAGACACGUCCUAUAAUUUAGCUGAGCAACUACUUGUGUUCAAACCUAAUAAACGUGUUAAAAUGUA